CGAUACACCAAAAUUGAAAAGAGUCUGAGCAAAAUUAAAGGGAGCUGAUUUUGCAAAUGGAAUUCACUCGAUCCCAAGAUGAAAUUAAACUUCACACAUAAAUUUCUGCAGUAAAUGGCAAGAUGUUUACCCGUUACUAAGCAAAGCGCGUGUCAUGGCGCUUCAGCUAAGGUUUUUUCAUUUUACUUUGCUACUCACAGUCUCCAUAAUCACUCAUAUUUCGGCUGAAGGAAUUGGUAAAAUUCAUAUUGGUGAAUCUCGAAAUUCAACCACUAGCAAUACCAAGUUUUAUAGCUGGCCUUUUUAUCAGAAGACGGGUCUCCUACCAAUAUAUUUAAGUGUACGAAAUUAUAGCAUUGCUUCUGACGUUUUAAAUCUCACUGAAAAUGUAACUGUUUACUGUCAACAAAAUCCAAGCACCAAUGGGUUUAGUUUGGUUCAGUUCUCACCUUUACACUUGAUCCCUCCGAUUACAGAAGGCUAUGUCUCAGUAGAAUUUCUACAUCCUGGUCGGCCUGUUACGGUUCAAUGCUUCGGUACAUCAAGGAAUUUAAGCCUUAAUCCGCAGUUCUUAAAUGAUACAUCUCUCAGCAAACCCAGGCUGCUGGUUAUUACGAGGUCACCAGUUGUAAACGUUUGCAACACCAGCAUCAUUAUUCCUUUCAGAAACCAAUCCAGAAAUAUAACAGGUGUUAUUACUGCCAUGUUAAGGUAA